CAUAUCUUGUCAGCCUCGAAGGUGCGGUGAAAGAAGAGGGUGCCAAGGCCAAGGCUUCCAUGUCUCUGUUCCGUGAUGCCAACUACACAGCUCCUUACUCUGCAGGCCCAGUCACUCUGCCCCUGGGCUCCAUCCUGCAUGUCGGCGUGUCUGUUGAAGAGACGGACGCUGAGGACUCUGUGGUUGUUCUGGAGGACUGCUACGCCACCCACUCCCCUGAUCCUGAUGACCUCCUGAAAUACUUCCUCAUCCAGCACAAGUGUCCUACCAACCGUCGCCAGGUGUCCGUGGAGGAGAGUGGCUUGUCCCUCCAGGCUCGUUUCUCUGCGCUGCUGUUCCUGUUCCAGGGGGACUACAGGGACGUCUACCUGCACUGCAGCCUCAACCUGUGUGACCAGAGGAACUCCUCCUGCUCUCCUAUGUGUUCAGGAAGGUCUGUCCGCUCUGUUGACGAACUCGUACCCCUCAAGCCCGUCACCAUCGGACCAAUCACCUGGGGCCAGAGUGUGGAGUGAGCUGAUGAAGUCACACCUCCCUCAGAACGGCUUCAUGACCAUCCCUAU